GUGGUGCUUUGCGCGGCGGCCGGGCGAGGCAGCGGGCCGGGCAGGGCCGGGCCGGGCCGAGCCGUGCAGGAUGUCGCGCCAGGCCGGCCGCGGCACCGAGAGCAAGAAAAUGUACUGGUAUUUGCCAUUCAUUUCACCUUCUGCAUCUAUGCAUCUCAUGAACUCGGAGCUCUUCACGCUGACGUACGGCGCUCUGGUCACCCAGCUGUGCAAGGACUACGAGAACGACGAGGACGUCAACAAGCAGCUCGACAAAAUGGGUUACAACAUAGGUGUUCGGCUGAUAGAAGACUUCCUGGCGCGGUCCAACGUUGGGAGAUGCCACGAUUUCCGUGAAACCGCAGAUGUUAUUGCAAAGAUAGCGUUUAAAAUGUACCUGGGCAUCACCCCGAGCAUCACCAACUGGAGUCCUGGCGGUGACGAGUUCUCCCUGAUCUUGGAAAACAACCCCUUGGUGGACUUCGUGGAGCUCCCUGACAACCACUCAACUCUCAUCUAUUCCAACCUGCUGUGUGGAGUGCUGCGGGGUGCCCUGGAAAUGGUGCAGAUGGCCGUGGAUGUGAAGUUUGUCCAGGACACGCUGAAAGGGGACAGCGUCACAGAAAUCCGAAUGAAGUUCAUCAGGAGGAUUGAAGACAACCUCCCAGCUGGCGAGGAGUGAAACGCCGCCCAGUCUCCCUUUGGGACUGGGGGGGACCAGCUGGUUUUGGCCGUUAGCUUUCACCACAGAUCUGUAGGGAUCUAGUGCCCCUGUACGUUCAGACUGACUCACUGACUGUUUAAGAUGUUGUUAUAUUCUUCUACCGUUACUUCCAUCUUCUGUAGAAGAGUUGUCUGGUUGCUGUUUGUUUCACAGGUUCAUUCUGAAGCUUUUUCAUAAGGUGAUGUCAUUUUCAUAUUCCCCUGGGAAAUCUUUCUACGCUCAGUUUCUAAUUGUGACGUUUGGCUGUGCAAGAACUGCUCCAACCCUAAAAAAAGCUCCAGUCUGUCCAAAUUUGAACCCAGGUUUUACAGCAGGAAUUGGAGACCAAGUUGUAAGAGCCUACUGAUUCCCUGUUAACGCUGCCCUUAAAAAGUUGUUCAAAAUUCACUUGGAGACAAGCGUGUAGCAUUUCUGUAGACCAAACUGGCUUCUUGAUUCUGAAGUUACUAGUAAAAUGCAAGCUUGGUACAAGGGGUGAUGUGGGAGAGCUGCUUGGGUGCACAGCACCCUCUCGGGAAGCUCCUUUUCCCGGAGAGCAGCGCUGUCACGCAGCACCCACAGCCUCAGGGGGUCCACGUGGCCUCGUUCUCCUCCCCCAGCAGCAUUUGUGGAAGCAGACUCAGCUACGCCGUUCUCUGAUGGGGCUUCGUAGUCCCACAACUCCCCUCGUGGAAGGGCAGGACCAGCAAAUUGUUGGGGAAAGCCUCUGAAUAUUUCAAAUGGAGGAAAAGAACGAGCGGCUGUCGUGCCCCUGCUGCCCUACAGCAUGCGCAGCCUGGGGCUGUGUGCUGAGUGUGCAGAACUAGAAACUCAGGCUAACAACUGGAAGGUAUUAAAGGCGUUUCAGCAAGUGAGCUUUCUCUCCUGUGCCAUGUAUAAACACUGCACGGUGUGGAGGAGCUGCUGGGGUAUAUUCUUACACAGACGUUUAGGCUAAAACAGAAUUUCCCGUGGUAAGUGAAUUGGCGAACAGCGGCAGUCUGUGACACCUGCUGCUCUGUACAAUAAAUACACAAGGUGGUGGUAGCUUUCAAAAAGCGAGAUACUGGGAAAUCCACUUUCCUCUGCCAUCAUAUUCAGCAUGUCAGACGUUCAGUUCUUGAACCACUUUACAUAGCAUGAAGGCGCAAAUCCGCAGAACUAGGAGCCUCAAGGCCGUAGCUCUGACUUCCACGGGAGCUAGCUGACAGGCCAGAUGCCUCUGUAGGUUUAUGCCCGAGUGUAAGGUGUAAGAGAGGGGUGCAGUUAGUGCUGCUGGUAGCUGAGGUUCUCCAGGUGAGCACUGAGUCGUGUGGGUUGGUCACCCAGUCCCUUCACCCAAAGGAUGAGUGGCUGCGGCUAACGGGUUUUGGAGGCGCCACGUGGUCACCUUGCAGAGGCGAAAAAGAUGGGUUGUUUCCCACUGUUGGCCGUGUAAGUCAUUUUAAGGCUGCAUUUUAAAAGCGAUUGCAUUAAAAGAACCCCGGUGUCA